CACUUCUUGCCCGUUGGCUGCUUCUCAAAAUGGCCUCCUCACACGAUGGCUCCGUCAUCAACCACCCAACCGCCUCCCCCACAAAACCAUCAUUCUUCCGCUCAAUCCCCUUCCAGAUUGCUAUAGCAUGCGGAGUUUCAUUCACUGCUCCCGGCAUGUGGGACGCCCUCGGUGGCCUUGGCGCCGGAGGAGCAGCUGAACCAUACGCCGUGUCAGCCGCUAACGCGCUUGUCUACGGAUUAUUCGCGGCUGUUUGUAUAGCAGCUGGUGCGAUCAACAACAGAAUUGGUUUACGGUAUGGUCUGGCCCUAGGAGCUAUUGGAUAUCCGAUUUAUGGCGCUGGUCUUUAUACGAAUAAUGUUGCGCCAAAGACGUGGUUUUUGCUUUUUGGAAGUGCGCUCUGUGGUAUUUCGGCGGGUUUCUUUUGGGCGGCUGAGGCAGCCAUUAUUAUUGGAUAUCCUAGUCCCAAGGAUCGUGCAUUUUAUCUUGCCAUUUGGCAAACUGCCAAGGCAGCCGGCCCCAUUGUCGGAGGCGCCAUUAAUCUCGGUCUCAACGCGCAAACUUCAUCAAAAGGAUCCGUCAGCUCAGCGACUUAUAUCGUCUUCAUUGUCAUAAUGUGUCUCGGUCUACCCAUCGCUUUACUCCUGAGCCCUGCGGAGAAGGUUCAGCGAAAAGACCGCACGCUCGUCGUCGUUCAUAAGCAACCCUCUUGGUUGGCCGAGUUCAAGGCUGUUCUGUCGCUCCUUGUCACCAAACGCAUGCUUCUGUUGAUCCCUGCUUUCUUCAUCAGUUACUUUUACAAUGGCUUUAUGAGCACUUGGUUGACAACCUACUUCACCGUUCGAGCUCGCGCCUUUUCAUCGUUCUUCACCAACUUCUCCGGAAUUAUCAGCUCAUUCCUGAUUGCUGGUUUGUUGGAUCGCCAAUCCAUCUUUAUCAAGACUCGCGCUAGAAUUGCGUUCGCUUCGAUCAUCUUCAUUCUCAUCGGUACAUGGAUCUGGGCUUCCAUUCUCCAGAAGCAAUUCUACGACGCUGAGGAGCCGCCUGUUUUUGAUUGGUUCAAGGGCGGUUUCGGCAAGGCUUAUACCCUCAUCUUCUUCUGGCAAUUUGGAGGUCAAGCUUUCCAGCAGUUCUUGUAUUGGCUUGUCGGACAGUACACGACUGAUAUCUCCUCUUUGUCCUAUCACUGCGGUAUUCUCCGAGGAUUUGAGGCUUUGGGCCAAACCGUCGCCUGGGCUAUGCAGUCUGAAGGCAACGCCAACCACUUUGUCAGUAUUGGUCUUAACUUUGGAAUCACUAUUCUGUGUAUCGUACCGACAUGGAUUGUGUUAUCUGGACUAGAGCACAGCCACGAGAUCACGGUCACAGCUGGUGAGGUGUCUUCAACAAAAGACCAAGAUCCCGAUGCCAAAGCAUAAGUUUUAACAUAAUAUUCUAUAAUAAUAAUAAUAUCUUUCAACAAGAAAAAAAAUUAAAUCAGCUCCCACUACGCUAGUGAUACAAAGAAGCAGGUCUCGGCCUAGGACUUGUACCCGACCUCGGUCUCGUCACAGCAAGUGGCGGCGGUGAUAUAGGCAUUGACGUAGAUCUUCCAACACCUUGCACAGAAGCAUCGCUGCCUAUAAAACUCCCAGGUCUUGACCUUACAGGACUCAACUCAUCAUCUUGGUGUUGAUCUCUCUCAAUUUCAACAGCAGAUACACGCACAUUUCGAAACUCUUCCCCUGGUAUCAUCGGUAGAUCAACACGAUCUGGUCUUUUGACUUUAGGCUCGGUGAUGAAGUCAUGCGCUGGGGUACCAAUCAUCUCGCCGAAUCUGAAGAAUGCAUUCUCUAUUUUCUGUCUGUAGGGGUUGCGGGGGGGUUGGUUGUGCUCUUCGUAAACUGAGGGGUCUCGAAGUCGGGAGGAGAUUGAAGACCGUGGUUGAGUUGGAUCGAGGUGCGGUGAGAGUUGGUUAUUCGUACGAGUAUCGGUGUUUGUGACAGUUAAUGUGAUAUGAUGGCUAUUCAGUGAAGAAAUACUCUCUUGGUGAGAGACUUGGCUUAUGUCAUCGUUAAAGUGACAAUGAGAACAAUUGCAAUGAUGCGACGGAUAUGGUUCGCCUGCUUGAUCGGCGUGUCUUGCUAGAAGGAGAUAAAGCGAACCGACCAUAGCCAUCGCAGUACCGGUAAUAGGGGCCCAUUGGCCUUGAAGAAACCAAAUAUUAGUUGAAUUCAAAUAGUACU